CCGUGCGCUUAGACGUUCCGGGUGUAGUGGGAUUCGUUUCCGGCCGCUGGUGUUGGGCCAUGGCUGCUCUCCUGCGAGCUGUGCUAAAGUUUCGGGGGCCAGCUGCCCAGGGAAGACUUCUUCACAGGCAGUGGUACUGCAGUGGGCAAGAGAAUCCCAAGAGCUGGGUGGGGAACAGGUCGCCCGCCUCGGAGGAGAAACCACCGGGCACAGAGACAGAGAAAUUCCAGAUGAUCUACCGUUUUAAAGCAAUCAGAAUCUUUGGGUUCUUUUCUCGGCUAAAGGUGACACAGACAGCUCUGACGGUGGUGCUCCUACCGCCAUGCUUUUACUGGUACUCCCAGGGCCUCUUGACUCUUAACUCAGUGUGCCUAGCGAGUGGGAUUGCUGGCUUCGCCCUGGCCAUGCUGGCUUGGAUGAGCUACUUCUUCCGGAGGCUGGUGGGUAUCCUGUACGUGAACGAGUCCGGCACCAUGCUGCGGGUGGCUCACCUGAACUUCUGGGGCUGGCGGCAGGACACAUACUGUCCUGUGGCAGAUGUGAUGCCCCUGACAGAUACAAAGGACAAGCCCCAGGAUGUGUUGAUGUGUAUCCAGCAGUACAGCCAGAAGCAGACUUUCUACCUCACUCUACGCUAUGGACGCAUUGUGGACAAAGAGCGGUUCACUCAGGUUUUUGGGGCAGUGCACACACACAAAUGAACAGCUGGGAGCUGCUGGGCUACCUGGUUCUCCGACAGGAAAGCCAAGGCCGUGGGCAAAGGUGAAGCAGGGGAAUCUCAGGUGCCCUGGAAACCCAUCUGUUGGGAAAUUCAUGAGACAGAAGGUAAAAACCAAUUUUAGGAAGAAGGUGCCUGACAUUCAGGCAGAAGUUUCUGAAGAGGCAAUUCUUGGACGAAACUGUGCCAGGUUCACUGAGUCUGUCACUGCUUUGAAAUUGGAAGGCAGAGGGCGUGGCAAGGAAGCAGAGGAAUUGGAGUCAGAGCCUUUGGUUCUGUCAGUUCUCAGCUCCCAGGCUGGGGCAGAAUGUGGUGUCUGAACCUUGGUUUUCUCGUCUGUAAAAUGCAGAGUCCUGCAUGACUUGUGGUAUAAGUGUGAAAAUAAACAGUACAUGUCAGGCUAC